CAAAAGCUUUCAGCAGAAAACAUGGCGAGAGUUUGUGCGGUGCUUGCAGCGUCCUUAUGGCUCCUCUCCACCCUCUGCACAUGCACCGGCGGAGCGCUUACUCCUGGUUUGUCGCUCCCCGAGCCAGCCCCGCUUAACAACGUUCUGCGCACCAAAUAUUCCAACUGGACGAACCCCUUGCUCGGGGAACCCCCCCGGGCGCUUCAAGUGAUCAAGUGCCAGUCCAUUGCAAGCGGUCCCGUGUAUGAAUUCUACCAGGUGGAAACGCCCAGUUAUGCCUGCCAAUAUCCCCCCCCCAUUGUGACGGAGUUUCUCCCAAAGCGGGCGAAAGUUGCGCGGAGAGCGUUGUCUGUAGCGGUUUACAUUGGCAUGGUUGUCGGGGGAAUGAUACUGUGGGGGCUGAUUCUGUUUUCUCCCUUCAUUGUCGGGGUUUUGGCUCUUUCUAUAGCCCUGUGCGUAAUGUGCACGGGGUUUAGCAUUAGGGAUUGCUUCCGACCUUUCAAGUCACCAGGGGAAAAGGCCGGAAAUGAGCAAGAAAGGAAUCCUCCAGCGGUACUACUUAACGAAAGUGUGGAGAAAGGUGGCUCUGUCUGGGUGUCAAAUGGGUCUGCAGGGCAGACGGAGAUAGAGGGAGGCAAACCAGAUCCCAGCGCCCUCUUUGAAACGAUGAAGUUAGAGAUCGGCUGGAAAGACUCAGACAUCGUGGCUGAGAAGAGCUCUUCAAGGCCUCAGUGUAAGGAGUUUAAUCCCUUCUCGUUCAGUCUGGGAGACCUGGAAACUGGCUCUCCAGAACCCCCGAUUCUCGCCCCCUUCACAAUCCGUGGGACCGUCCGGUGCUUCAUCGAUGACGUCACGCUCCACCGGGUCGGCCCGGUUCCCCUCCCCGACCUAACCGGGUUAGCCAAUGUAACCCUGAAGCGGUGCGUAACGGACAACCUGCAGUUCUACGUCGGCGUUCCGGACAGCUGCGCUCAGCUCGGGGAUCCCUACGGGGGGCGUUUGCCGGUCGGAGGACCGACGGGCGCUCCCCGAGACUGUCCCCCCGGUUAUACUUUUGUCGCCUUUGUGGUGAUAGCAACGCCGGGCGCCGUCUGUCUUGUUUUGAUGUUUUGGGCGAUGUCGGUUCCUUCGGGGGGUGGACGUCAGGAUGCCAAAGCGAGAAUCGAAGGAGAGAAACAAAACGACGCAGAAUCAGUGAGGCGGUACAAUUAG